GCGAGCCUCUGAAGCUGUACUGUGAGCAGGACCAGAUGCCCAUCUGCGUGGUGUGCGACCGCUCGCGGGAGCACCGUGGCCACAGCGUGCUGCCGCUGGAGGAGGCGGUGGAGGGCUUUAAGGAACAAAUCCAGAAUCGGCUGGACCAUCUAAGAAGAGUGAAAGACUUGAAGAAGAGACGCCGGGCACAGGGGGAGCAAGCCAGAGCUGAGCUCUUGAGCCUGACCCAGAUGGAGAGGGAAAAAAUUGUUUGGGAGUUUGAGCAGCUGUAUCACUCCUUAAAGGAACAUGAAUAUCGCUUGUUAGCUCGCCUUGAGGAGCUAGACUUGGCCAUCUACAACAGUAUCAACGGUGCCAUCACUCAGUUCUCCUGCAACAUCUCUCACCUCAGUGGCCUGAUUGCCCAACUGGAAGAGAAGCAGCAGCAGCCCACCAGGGAACUCUUACAGGACAUUGGAGACACACUGAGCAGGGCUGAAAGAAUCAGGAUCCCUGAGCCCUGGAUCACACCUCCAGAUCUACAAGAGAAAAUCCACAUUUUUGCCCAAAAAUGUCUGUUUUUGACAGAAAGUCUGAAGCAGUUUACAGAAAAAAUGCAGUCAGAUAUGGAGAAAAUCCAAGAAUUGAGAGAGGCUCAGUUAUACUCAGUUGAUGUGACCUUGGACCCAGACACAGCCUACCCCAGCCUGAUCCUUUCUGAUAAUCUUCGCCAAGUACGGUACAGUUACCUCCAGCAGGACCUGCCAGACAACCCUGAACGGUUCAAUCUGUUCCCCUGUGUCUUGGGCUCUCCGUGUUUCAUCGCUGGGAGACAUUACUGGGAGGUAGAGGUGGGAGAUAAAGCCAAGUGGACCAUAGGUGUCUGUGAAGACUCAGUGUGCAGAAAAGGUGGGGUGACCUCAGCACCCCAGAAUGGAUUCUGGGCAGUGUCGUUGUGGUAUGGGAAAGAAUAUUGGGCUCUUACCUCCCCAAUGACUGCCCUCCCCCUUCGGACCCCUCUUCAGCGGGUAGGGAUUUUCUUGGACUAUGAUGCUGGUGAGGUCUCCUUCUACAAUGUGACAGAGAGAUGUCAUACCUUUACUUUCUCUCACGCUACCUUCUGUGGGCCAGUCCGGCCCUACUUCAGCCUAAGUUACUCGGGAGGGAAGAGUGCAGCUCCUUUGAUAAUCUGCCCUAUGAGUGGGAUUGAUGGGUUUUCUGGCCAUGUUGGGAAUCACGGUCAUUCCAUGGAGACCUCCCCUUAAGGAAGUGAACUUAGACCACAAGUGCUGUUGGCUAUAAUCCUACCCCAGGUCAAGGGAUCUUGUUGUCUUGUCGAUUUCUGUCCAUCAAAGCUGGAUACCCUUACCGUUUUCCAUGCCCUUACAGUGAGAGACAAGAUGUUCAUGGUCUCUACUACACUUUCCCUUCCCUUGCAGAUUGUGAGAUGUAAUGAGAAGUAUUGCUAUUUCCCAGAAAUAAAAAAGAUUCCUCCUCCUGUGUUUCACACUUUUCUUGGUUUUUUACACAUGACUAAAGUAGAUAAAGAAUAUGGAUAGGAUUUGGAGAACCACUUUUGAGGUUCCUGUCCUGGCUUUUCUCAAUGAUGAACUGUGAUGUAGAAGCCAAAUAAACCAUUUUCUCCCCAAGGUGCUUUUGAUCAGUGUUUAUCACAGCAACAGAGAAGCUAAGACAGAAAUUGGUACCAGGAUUGUGAGCUAUUGCUGUAAUAGACCUGGCCUUGUUUUAAGAAGGAUUAUGGAAGUGUUUAGAACUUUGGUUUGAAAAAGUCAUUGAAUAUAAAAAGUAUAAUGAGUUUUUAAGAGUGUUGAGAGGAAUACAGAUGAUAGAGACCAGACUUAUGAAGAUUCAUUGGGAAGCAAAGAGUAUUGGGGUCGUUGUAAAAAUAUAUUUGAAUUACGAAUGUGUGAUUUCUGGACAGCUGGGGCUGAAAAAUUGACUGUGAAUAACAAAAGAGACCAGUAUGACCGAAGUGAAACCUUUGCUUUACUGGGACAGUGGAUGCUGGCUAGCUGGCACUGAAGAUCAGCUGAUUGAGGUGAAAUCUUCUGGGAAGUAUUUCCUUAGGGUCGGCUCACAGAACCUGUCUUCCAGAGGAGGCCAAUCCUGCAUCUCAAGCUAGUAGCAAAACUUGGUAAUGUGUCAGGAUCUCCCAUGUGGUACUGGUUUGACUGCAUGAACAACAAGAUUAAAGGGGUCCUGGAGAGAAGCUGAGGUUUGGCAUCCUGUAGUGGGAUCAGAGUCCCUGAAGAGAGCCCAAGAGAAGCUAUUGGAGAAGGUGCAGCCAGUUGCAGUGGAGAUUCCGGCAUAUUGGAGAUGACAGGACUGUAGGAUGGUCACCAGGUAUAACAGCAGAUGUGGAGCGGAGCUGGUGUAAGCCUACCAAACAAGUCUGUGCUGCAUAUGGCAGAGCUGGAGAGGUGAAGCUAUGUAAGCUUUGGAGCCCAAAAGAUCAUGAGUCCCAAAUGCUGGGCAUUCAGUUACUUAACUAUUCAAGUUUGGUUUUGCUUUGAUUUGUUUGUAACUGUGCCCUGGUUCUAUCCUCCUGGAAUAAGAAAGUAUGUAACUUAUAUUUUGAUUUUACAGGAAUCCACUUAAUGACAUUUUGGACAUUUUAAAGAGAAUUUGAAGUUUUAAAGUGUUUGAAUUUUUUAAAGACUAGAACUUUAAAGUAAUUUUUAUUACUAUUUGUGUGGGUAUGUGUACAUGUACAUGUGCAUGAGUACAGCUGCCAACAGAAUCCAGCUAAAAUCAUCUGGGAAGAAGGAACUUCAACUGAGAAAGUGUCCCUAUCAGACUGGCCUGUAGACAAAUCUAAUGGGACAUUUUCUUGAUUAAUGAUUGGUAUGCGGGAGGACAAGCUCAUUGAGCAGUGCUGCCCCUAGUCAGGUGGUUCUAGGCUGUUUUUUAAAAAGCAAUCCAAUAAGCUGUGGUCUCUGGUUCUCUUUGUUCCUACCUCCAGGUUCUAGCCCUGAGCUCCUUCCUGCCUUGACAUUCAGUGAUGGACUGUAAUGUAGAAGUGCAAGCCAAAUAAACUCUUUCUACCCAA